AUAUAAAGAGCACUUCGAAGAUCAAACACAAUACACUCUGCACCCUCAAACUCCAAUGCUCAACCCAUCUCAAACUCUCACUCAAAAUGACGGAAAUGCCAUCUUACACUGUUGAAAACCCUAGUUUCGAGCCUACCAAGGCCAAGAAACAAUACAACAUAUACUCCUCCGUAAUACCAAUCCUCUUAUCGAUAUUUACCUACGUUUUGAUCUUUUACGUCCUUGAAGUAUCUCCUUCUUUGAUCUUCAACGACACAAAGAUCUUGUUCUUCAUCUCAAACACCCUUAUCCUUGUCAUAGCCGCAGACUACGGUGUAUUCGCUGAGAGAGUGAACCACAACUUUUACGGAGAAUACACGGCCGCGAUGAUGAGAAUCGACGCUAGAGACAACGCUAGACCUGAAAACUCAGGCUAUGAGAUGAGUUUGGCGGAAGUAACCAUGAAACGUGAGAAACAAGAAGAAGCAGCCAGAGAGAAAGAACCUACACGGUAUCUGCUUUGCAAGAAAGCGGAAGUUCUUGAGAAAACCGUACAAGUCGUAAGCGAGACCAAACCGAUAAAGAAACUUAUCGAAAAACACGAGCCGACGACAGAUCAAGAGACCAUCAGUAAAGGAGAAACUUGGGAUGCAAGAAAUUUGGUGAACCCUAAACCGUACGGGAGAAGCAAAUCGGAUAAAGCACGUUCAGAACGUAUUCAUCGAGAGAUCAAACACAGACGUAGAAGUUAUGAUCGAAGCAAGUCUGACGAUAGCUCGAAAUGGAUGGUUGUUAACAAGUGGAAGAAGGCUCCUCAUGAGGAGAAGUGGGAGAAUGUAAGAGAGGAAUCGGAAGAAUUUGCGAAAAUGUCGAACGAUGAGUUGAACAGACGAGUUGAAGAUUUCAUCCAACGGUUCAACAGAGAUAUCAAACGACAAACUUUUGACUAGGUUAAUUCAGUUUGGCGUAGCAAGUUUAGUCAACCUUUGGGUGUUAUUUUGUGAUGUUUGUGUCGUCGUAUAGCAUGUUUGUUUAUUGUUUUUAUUUUGACUUUUCAUGCGUUUGUCAUAAGAGUUGGUAACUAAUGAGAUCAUGGAGGAGAAAACCGUUUAUUGUU